CCGGCCAUUUACAGCUUUUCAUACCCCUGUUCUUUCCCUGUCCUCUACGUGACAGGCAGAGUGACAUAUGUGUUGAUGGUCUAUACUAAGCUUGCUGAACAGAGCCAACUAACCUGCCCGCAGAGAAGAUAUUUUGCUCAGCAGAAUUUCCCACAAGCCAUUGCAGAGGGGGAGGAGGAAGUGAGUUUACAUCAGAAUGAGGUUCAUGUUUUUGACACCUGGAUGUGAAAUGUCAAAAAGAGUUCCUGAGACAGAAACUCAGAGAAGAGCAACAGGAAAAAUGGAUGAUGCUGUAAAUGCUCCCCAGGGGCUGUUGACAUUCUGGGAUGUGGCUGUGAACUUCUCCCAUGAGGAGUGGGAAUUUCUGGACCCUGCUCAGAGGGCUUUGUACAUGGAUGUGAUGUUGGAGAAUUACAGCAAUUUAGUCUAUGUAGAGAACCAUCGUAAGUGUAAGAAUGGGAAGGUCCUGGAUGGAGGCUCAAAGCAUAUUGUGCAUCAUCAUGUGACUAUCCAAGAGAAGUCUUACAACUAUAACGAGCUUGGCAAAAGUCUUUACAAAUCCUCUCAGUGUACACCUUAUAACACAAGCGAUUCUGCAGAAAACUGCAAAAACAACACAUGUAGUAACUACAGGGAUGCCUCUACUGAAUCAUCACACCAAAACAAUCAUAAGAACAUGAACACUGGAGAAAAACCCUGCAAACUUAACGACUGUGGCAAUUCUUUAAAUUUGUGUUCCAUUGUUAGUCAAAAUGAAAGAAUCCAUACUGGAAAGAAAGAACACAAAAAUUCAGAGGAUGAUAAAUCUUCUGACUCUAAAUGUAAACCCAUGCUACAGCAGAUUUAUAAUGAAAAGAAAUCACACCAAUGCAUGAGAUGUAAGAAAUGCUUCAGGACUUACUCAGGCCUCAGUAAACAUCAGAUGAGAUAUACUGGAGAGAAACCUUACAGAUGUACAGAAUGUGGUAAAUGCUUUUGUAAUUCAUCAGCUUUCAAAAGGCAUCAUUAUAGAGUCCACUCUGCAGAGAAACCUUACCAAUGUAACAAAUGUGGGAAAACCUUCUUUUGCUACUCAUACCUUAGAAAUCAUCAGAAAAUUCUGGGAGAGAGGCCUUAUGAAUGUAAGCAAUGUUGUAGUUCCUUCUGUACUUUAUCACGCCUUGAAAACCAUUACAGAACCCAUAGUGGAGAGAAAACUUACAAAUGUAGAAAAUGUGGCAAAUCUCUUCAUACCUCCAAAAGUCUUAAAAGACACCAGAGCAUUCUUGAUGAAGAGGAAGCUUAUGAACGUAAAGAAUGCAAAAAGUGCUUUUAUGGGUUGUAUCAGGUUAAAAAUCAUUACGGAACCCAUAUUGGAAAGAGUCUUUACACAUGUAAUGAUUGUGGCAAAUGCUUUAGCCAGCUGAAAUAUCUAAGAAUCCAUCAGAAAGUUCAUACAGGGGAGAAACCUUACAAAUGUAGUGAGUGUGACAAAUCCUUUGCCAAGAAAUGCAACCUUAAAACCCACCUGAGAAUUCAUACGGGAGAGAGACCUUACAAAUGUGGUGAGUGUGGUAAAACCUUUAUCCAGGUAGACCAUCUUAGAACUCAUCAUAGAAUACAUACAGGAGAGAAACUUUACAAAUGUGGUGAAUGUGACAAAUCCUUUACGAGGAAAUGCUAUCUUAGAAUCCACCAGAGAAUUCAUACAGGAGAGAGACCUUACAAAUGUGGUGAAUGUGAUAAAACCUUUAUCCAGAUAAGCCAUUUUAGAACUCAUCAAAGAAUACAUAUAGGAGAGAAACUAAAGUGUAGUGAAUGUGACAAAUCCUUUGUCAAGAAAUACAUCCUUAGAAAACACCAGAAAAUUUAUAUGGGAGAAAGCUACAACUGUGGUGUGUGUGGCAGAAUCUUUACCCACCUCUCAGGUCUUACAAGAAAUAAGAGAAUUCAUACUAGGGAGAAAACUUUCCAUAGUAAAUUAUAUGGCAUGUGCUUUAAGCAGACCUUCUCCUUAAAACCACAGUAAGGUUCCUCAAAAGAGAAUCAUUAUGAAUGUGAGAAACUCGUGACAGCCCUUACGGAAUGUUUGAUUCUUCGAAAACAUUGGAAUAUUAUUCUAAGGGAAAAUUUUGAAAAUUUGAAACUGGGCGAAAACCUGUCAUGAAGUUAUUUUGCCUGUUCAACUUCAAAAACUUCAUAAUGAAGACAAAAUGGAGAAGCCUGGAGAAUAGGUUGCUGUGUAACAGUUUCCUGAAAACUGAGAUAUUCCAUCCUGAAGAUAUUCCAUCCUAUUAUGAGAGGAAAUAGGUACCUCUAAAUUUCUUCAGGAAAUCCCUGAAAUUGUAAAGAUUCAGUAGGUAUAACUCCUUUGAAGAAACUUAGACAUUCAUGUUGCCUAGAAGAGGCUCUAACCAACUGAGCCACCAAAAAAAGACGUUGUCCAUUUUGUAGAUAUGCCUGCCGGCUUGCAGUAUGCUUCAGGUUUCUAACUUCAUGAGAUGGAUCCCAUUAAAAACUGUAUUUUCAUGAU